AUUUACAUUGUUUUGGAGAGCAAUAGUGGUUUAUUCACCUUCAAUAUCAUCAUCAUGUCUGUACAAAAUAAACACAGACACUUUCAGAAGGAGCAAUGUCCUGUUACAUGAAAUAUUAUGUAUUGCCAUUUUAAAACACAUCAUGCAGACACAAUAUGACAUCAUGGAUGUUUGGAGUGUUGAAGGUAGUUCCAUCAGCGAGGGCAUUCCACUCCGGAACACAGAAAGAUGGAACAUACCGGAAUGUUCCAUGAUUUAUAAUAUUACAUCUCACAGUUAACAAGUUCAGAUUAUUUGUUGAUUUAAAGCCUUUGUCCUUAGAUGAAUAUCCACAAUUUUGUCCAAUUAGUAGUUAGAGAAUAGAAUACAUCAUUGUUUAGUGAGAAUGUGAUGUCAUCUGUUUCUUGACCCCCUAACUAGUGUCAAACUAUCCCAGGUAGGAAGAGAGGGGUGAGGGGUGGAUGGGAGAGUGGAGAUCCAAUGGAGAGGUAUCGUUUACCCCCCUGAUAGCCCCAUUGAGUCUGUUUUUGGGAUAGAACAUGGGGCGGGGGCAGUUGGGGUAAAUAUUGGCGUCCCUUCAAUAGGCCACACCCACAAGAAGUGUCACUAAAUGACGUUGUUGAACAGAUGCAUGGACUGCAUGAUGUAAUCAUCCUGGCCUGGAGGCAGGAAGGGACAAAAUGCACAACGGACUGCAGGGUGGGAGAUGCAACAAUGGCCUUGAGAACAGCAGGAAGUGUGUUGGUGGUCUUUCUCUGGUCUGUAGCAGUGGUACUGGGUCAGUAUGGCUGGAGUGUGACUUACACCACUCAGAGUAUCUGUGCCUUGAAGGGGUCAACAGUGGAGCUGUCCUGCUCUAUCAGAUAUCCCAGUGGUACAGUCACAUCAACCUACUGGUUCACUAAAUGGGGGACUGGUGUAGAACCUGAAGAUCUAGGUCAGGACCCAGAGUAUGCAGGUCGUCUGGAGUAUCAUGGGGAUAAGAAGAAUGGCCACAACCUGACAAUCACAGACCUGAGAGAGAGAGACUCAGCUACGUACAAGUUCAGAUUUAUAACAGAUCAGACUGGAGGGAAAUAUACUGGUUAUCCUGGAGUCUCUCUGUCUGUCACAGCUCUGCAGGUGAAGGUGACUCCACCACGGUCGGCAAUGUCGAAGACUCUGACCUGUAUCACCACCUGUACUCUGACUGGUAACCCCACCUACAUCUGGUACAAGAACGGACAACAUCUAGAUGAGAGCACCUCCCCCCAGUACAAAGACCCAGUCUCCAGUAACUAUGAGGACAGUUACUCCUGUGCUGUAAAAGGCCAUGAGGAUCUCCACUCUCCUGCAGUGUGUGUUCAGGGUCAGAUCUGCAGCAGAGUAACUUACACCAAGAGGAGAAUCUGUGUCUUGAAGGGGUCAACAGUGGACAUAUCCUGUACUUAUGUUGGUUAUUAUUCCACCACAUCAACAUUCUGGUUUAGAAGUGAUAAGUCGACCCCUGAAGACCUAACCAGAGACCCAGGGUAUACAGGUCGUGUGAAGUACACUGGAACAUACAGAGGUCCCUUCACCCUGAGAAUCACAGAUCUGAGAGAGGAGGACUCAGCUGAGUAUCGCUUCACUUUUAAAACAGACUACGUUGAAUGGGGUCAUAGUUUCCCAGGAACAACUCUGUCUGUCACAGGUCUGCAGGUGAAGGUGACUCCUGCUGCAGAGGGACAGAAGACACUGACCUGUAUCACCACCUGUACUCUGACUGACAACCCCACCUACAUCUGGUACAGGAAUGGACAGAAUGUACAAGAUAACUCCUCCCCCAUGUACUCCAUCAGCAGUGAGGAUGCAGACAGCUACUACUGUGCUGUAAAAGGCCAAGAGGAUCUCAGCUCUCCUGCAGUGUAUAAACCUAAGAAGACCUCAGUGUCAGUCAGUCCCUCUGGUGAAAUAGUGGAGGGCAGUUCAGUGACUCUGACCUGCAGCAGUGAUGCCAACCCACCUGUGGACAAAUACACCUGGUACAAGAAGAAUGGAGCUUCACUGACAGGAUCUGAAAAGACAUACAAUUUCACGACCAUCAGUUCUGAGGACAGUGGAGAAUACUACUGUGAGGCUGAGAAUAAAUAUGGACGUCUCAACUCUUCUUCUGUGUCUGUGGACGUUCAGUAUGGUCCAAAGAACACCUCAGUGUCAGUCAGUCCCUCUGGUGAAAUAGUGGAGGGCAGUUCAGUGACUCUGACCUGCAGCAGUGAUGCCAACCCACCUGUGGACAAAUACACCUGGUACUUUCAAAAUAAGACUUUUCUAAAUGGAUUUGGACAGAUGUACAACAUAAGUAAGUUCAAGUCUAAGGACAAUGGACAUUACCACUGUGAGGCCUGGAAUGGAAGAGGAUCUAGGAACUCUACAGCUCUGAUGAUCAUUUUACCAGAGAAACAGACCUCAGUUCUGACUGCAGCUGUAGGAAUCAUAGUGGUUGUUCUGGUUCUCAUCCUCUGUCUCUCUGGACUCAUGUGGUUCAGGAGAUCCACAGGAGGAAGUGAUGCCACAGCAGACACACAGAGUGUCCGUCCUGACUGUAACAGUGACAUGUACACAGGUCUGAACAUGAGGACCAUGUCCCCUGACUAUGACACUCUGGCAAAUGUCCAUCCUGACCCUAACAGUGACCCCAACAGUGACAUGUACACACCUCUGAACAUAAUGACCAGGUCACCAGAGUAUGACACCCUGGCAGGGAAUCUCCCACUGAAGAGAAACACCACAGAACCUGGACUGAAGAGAAACACCACAGAACCUGGCCUGAAGAGAAACACCACAGAUCCUGGACUGAAGAGAAACACCACAGAUCCUGGCCUGAAGAGAAGCACCACAGAUCCUGGACUGAAGAGAAGCACCACAGUACCUGGCCUGAAGAGAAGCACCACAGAUCCUGGCCUGAAGCGAAGCACCACAGAUCCUGGACUGAAGAGAAGGACCAUACAACCUGGACAGAAGAGCUAAGGUUCCAAUCCAAAGCCUGGCCUCAAACCUAUAUUCUCUUGCUACCAUAUCUAGAAGGUUUUCCAGACCAUGACCUCUAACUUUACACUAAAUGCUGGAUUAGAUUUGUAUUUUCUUAUAAUGAUAAUGAUGUAUAUUGAUGAUAAAUUAGAUGGGUUAUAUUUUUCAAUUUCUAUAUUUUUGAUGAUAUAAAUGUCCUACUUUUCUUGAGUACCAAUCUGUUUAUUAUCUAUAGUUUAAGAUUAUAUUUCUGAUCUUUUUCUAUGGAAUUUAGCCAUUUAGGGAUUUCUAACAUCAAUAGUCCUACUUUCCUCAGCAACUAAUAUGGAUAAUAUUGAUAAAAGCUUUUUAAUAUUUUUAGCUCUUGGGCCAAGUUUCUCCUGAUGUGGUUAAUGAUGAUUUACUUUGUAUUGCUGUCAGACAUUAUUCUGCAUUUUAUAUUUAAUAUUAUGUAAUACUAUAUUGUUCAGUGUGAUAUUGCUUGUUUUUUUAUCAAAAUAAAUGUAAUCAAUACAUUA